AUGAGUGGACAAAAAUCCAAGUCAACCGCUCCAAAACCAACAGCUGGUGCUACAGUGAGUAGAACAACUACAUCAGAUGCCAUUCGACCAAGACGUCGGAUGACUCAAAAUUAUUUGGUCAUUUGGGUCGAUGGCAACAUCAAUGAAAACACCGAAGACUGCCGGAAUACGCUGGCACAAUUGCGCGUAGUGGUAAGUGAAGUGAAUGUAUGCAGAACACCCGAAGGAUGUACCGAGUUCCUCAAUAAGAUGGAUGAGGGGAAAGCUUUCGUCAUUUCAUCUGGUGCUUUAGGACAAAGCCUCGUAAAUGACAUUCAUGGUAUGCCAAAAGUGGAUGCCAUUUACAUUUUUUGCGGCAACAAGGCACGCCAUGAAGCAUGGGCAAAAGAUUGGCCAAAGAUUCGAGGUGUAUUCACCUCAGUCAAACCAAUAUGUGAAUCACUCAAAAAGGUUGCUCAUGAAUGCGAUCAUGAUUCAAUUCCGAUGAGCUUCGUUCCGAAGCGAUGUGCAUCAGAUGCAGCAUCGAACGAACAAAAUCUUAACCAAUUACCGCCAGCCUACAUGUAUUCGGUGAUUUUCAAGGACAUCGUAUUAGAAAUCAAUGAUGAUGACACCAAAUCUAUGAAUAAUUUAGUGAAGUUUUGCGAAAAACAAAAUAUUCCUGAAACAGAAAUAAAUGAAUUAAAGCGUAAAUACCAGAAAAAAUCACCGGUCUGGUGGUAUACAUGUGAGAUGUUUCUCUAUGGCAUGCUUAAUCGUGGGUUACGAUCGCUCGAUAUGGAAGUGAUGUCCAAGUUAGGCUUUUUUAUUCGAAGUCUUCAUCUGCAAUUGGAACAAUUGCAUAAGGAACAGUCGGUGAAUUUCCAGAAACCAUUUACCGUUUAUCGUGGUCAAGGACUCGGCAAAGAAGACUUUCAGAAUCUACUGGAUUCAAAAGGAGGUCUACUAUCAUUCAACAACUUUCUUUCGACUAGUAUGGAACCAAAAGUGGGCAUGGAAUUUGUUGAACGUGCUCUGCAAAAAAAUCAAGACAUUGUUGGUGUUAUUUUUAUUAUGAAAAUUGAUCAAAGUAAAAUAUCAACUUCGAAUACUCCAUUUGCUAUGAUUGAUGAACACAGUGCUAUUCGAGGAGAGAAAGAAAUACUAUUUACAAUGCACACUGUUUUUCGUGUCGUUGAAAUGAAACAGACGACUACGAAUAGUCGUCUUUGGGAAAUACAAUUGACUAUUACCGAUGAGAAUGAUCCACAACUUUCUGCUCUUACCAAUCGCAUCAAAGAGGAGAUCACCGGUAGUGGAUGGUAUCGAAUGGGUAAAUUGAUGCUCCAAGUGGGUCAUUUAGAUCAAGCUGAAGAACUCUACAAUGAAUUACUCGAGAGUGCUUCCACUGAUAGUGAUAGAGCAUUUAUCUAUCACCAGCUUGGAUGGCUGAAAGACGAUCAAGGUAAAUAUCCAGAAGCAGUUAAAUUCUACGAAAAAUCACUCGAAAUCAAGCGGAAAACUCUUCCAGAAGAUGAUGCUUCAUUGGCUGCUACUUAUAGUGUCAUUGGCACAGUGUAUUAUAACAUGGGUGACUACUCGAAAGCACUUGAAUUUCACGAAAAAGCAUAUAAAAUCUAUGAGAAAACUCUACCUCCGAAUCAUCCCAAUUUGGCUACUUCCUACAAUGAAAUCGGUGUAGUAUAUAACAACAUGGGUGAAUACUCGAAAGCACUUGAAUAUUACGAAAGAUCACUUAAAAUAAGAGUAAUAUCUCUGCCUGAGAAUCAUCCCUCUUUGGCUGCUUCCUACAACAACAUCGGUGCAGUGUAUACAAACAUGGGUGAAUACUCGAAAGCACUAGAAUUUCAUAAAAAAUCCCUCAAAAUAAGAGAAAUAUCUCUGCCUGAGAAUCAUCCCGAUUUGGCUCAAUCCUAUUGGAGUAUAGGCGAUAUCUACAACAAAAUGGCUGACUAUUCAGAAGGACUUUCACUUCUAGAAAAGGCACUAGAUAUUUUUCGAAAGUCACUCCCUUCAACACACCCACGUAUUCAGAACCUAAUGAAUAGUAUAGCAGCAGUGAAAAAGAAAUUGUAA